CUCCAUUUUGUAGAACGCGGAGCAGCUAAGUGCGUCAGUUGUCGAGAGACGUAGGCGAGUUGAGUCCUGGUCUGCGGGGAGGCAGACAGCUCCGUCGCAGACUACGGACCUCUCUUGGGUCUCAGCUGCCAAAGAUCCUGUCCGGUAGGUGAGUGGCUCACUUUGAGGGAAUGGCUUCUCGGAUCGAGGCUUCUUCAGGGCCACUCGGAGCAGUGGCCAGGGCUGCUCUCUUUGCGGAGGACGGCGUCCAAUGAGCGCAGUUUACUCGAGGCGCGGCCGUGGCGUCGCGAGAUUCCGGCUUCCACCUGCUGUGACGCUCCCGGGAGGCGGCGACGCUCGCGCGGCCCGUCGCCAUUGGGCUGGCCUUGCGGAGGGCGGCGCCGGCCCCGCCCGCACUUCUCGGCCUUUCCUAACUGCGGCAGAUGGGAGGGGGCCAGAAGAGCCGGGGCGAGUGUGAGGCUGCGCACUUCCAGAGGCGGCUGUGGGCGUUGCGGUGGCUGCGUUCUGGGCCCAGGGAAGGAUCGUGUUGGGAGCCGAGUUUUAAUUUUGUCUGCAAGGGACCUGGCCUAAUAAAGAGACCCUGUUGGCAAUCUUGUUUAUAACAUCACCCGGAAGUACUAGCCGGGCGUCAUGAGCGGCUGUCGAGUGUUCAUCGGGAGGCUAAAUCCAGCGGCCAGGGAGAAGGACGUGGAAAGGUUCUUCAAGGGAUAUGGACGGAUAAGAGAUAUCGAUCUGAAAAGAGGCUUUGGUUUUGUGGAAUUUGAGGAUCCCAGGGAUGCUGAUGAUGCUGUAUAUGAACUUGAUGGAAAAGAACUCUGUAGUGAAAGGGUUACUAUUGAACAUGCUCGGGCUCGAUCUCGAGGUGGGAGAGGUAGAGGGCGAUACUCUGAUCGCUUUAGUAGUCGCAGACCUCGAAAUGAUAGACGAAAUGCUCCACCUGUAAGAACAGAAAAUCGGCUUAUAGUUGAAAAUUUAUCUUCAAGAGUCAGCUGGCAGGAUCUCAAAGAUUUCAUGAGACAAGCUGGAGAAGUAACCUUUGCGGAUGCACAUCGACCUAAAUUAAAUGAAGGGGUGGUUGAGUUCGCCUCUUAUGGUGACUUAAAAAAUGCUAUUGAAAAACUUUCUGGAAAGGAAAUAAAUGGGAGAAAAAUAAAAUUAAUCGAAGGCAGCAAAAGGCACAGGUCACGAAGCAGGUCUCGUUCCCGGAGUAGGAGUUCCUCUAGGUCUCGUAGCCGAUCGCGAUCUCGUUCUCGUUCUCGGAGUCGCAAGUCUUACAGCCGGUCUAGGAGCAGGAGCAGGAGCCGGAGCCGGAGCCGGAGCCGGAGCAAGUCCCGUUCUGUUAGUAGGUCUCCUGCACCUGAGAAGAGCCAGAAACGUGGUUCUUCAAGUAGAUCUAAGUCUCCAGCAUCUGUGGAUCGCCAGAGGUCCAGGUCCAGGUCCAGGUCCAGGUCUCGGUCCAGGUCCAGGUCCAGAUCAGUUGACAGUGGCAAUUAAACUGUAAAUAACUUGCCCAGGGGGCCUUUUUUAAAAAAAACACAAAACACAAAAACACAAAUACCCAAAUCAUACUUGCUAAAAAUUCUGGUAAGUAUGUGCUUUUUUUUGUGGGGGUGGGAUAUGGAGGGAGGGUUGGAUUGGGUUGGGCUGGAUAUCUUUGUAGAUGUGGACCACCAAGGGUUGUUGAAACCUAAUUGUAUUAAAUGUCUUUUGAUAAGCCUUCUGCUCACAUUUUUGUGAAUGUCUGAAGUAUAUAGUUUGUGUAUAUUGACAGAGCUCUUUUAUAACUAAAGCAAAUUUAAUUUUUUUGUACUAGAAAAAAUUUGAACAUUUUAGUUCUUGAUUAUUCAAAUAUGUUAAUUCAAAAUUAGUUUAAUGUGUCAGUUAAACUAAUUAAUAGCUUUGGACACUUAAAAGAGCUCUAAGUUUGCUUGUACAUAAAGGCUUAAUUUGAGUUUUCCUUGUUAGGGUCAAGGGUGUCCUCUCACCCACUCUUUAACAGCUGCCUGGCAAAGACAAGCAGCUGUUUGUAUUUGAUAAUAAAAGAUUAUAAAACUG